GUCCCGUUAUCCCAGGUUGGCUUUGAGUGAGUUUCCAUCAGCUGACACUGGAGAGGCGAAGAAAACACUGGGACGCACGACGAGACGUGUGGCGUACUUUGAAUUUAGAGAAAAGCCAGAUUUUUUUUUUUUUUUUGCCUUUGUUGCUCGGUCCGUUUUGCCAUCUUUAAAUCCACAUGAGCUCGGCGAGGAGGGAAGAUGCGGUUUGUUUGUUUUAAGCCGACGUGCUCUCGUGCGGUGCGCGUUUGGGCACCUUUCGGGUUCGUCCAGAGGAGCCGCGGCGCAGACAGCGACCAGAUGGAGGAAUGAGCGGCUCGGCUGGACAGGAGAGGGAUGUGAAGUGACCGCUGUACGGAAAACAAGCCUUGGAAUGUGAAGCGAACACUCUCUCCCAUGGUAUGCCUCUUGCCUUCAGCCGGGAGGCUUGUGAGGGAAGCGGGGAUGCUGCGCCGCAGAUACUGCUCCGGUCCCCUGGUUCUUUUGGGGGUGGCGGUGUGUCUCUUCUACCAAACCCUGAUGGUGGCCCGGAAUCGGCUGCGAUCCAACCAACCUGCCGCCGACGUGCGCAACAAGAAGCCCUUUGAUGAACUCCUGUUGGCUGACACCGGGCGUUUUAUCUCCGCCUUGGAAACUUUACAGAGAGAAAGAGAAGUCCAGGAGUCUGCUCAGAAGGCGGCCGGGCGGCGGCGGGCGGUGGUGCUGACCGGCCGGCACACUGUCACAGACACAGAGGUCCAGCUGUACCAGCGGGUUCUGGAGCAGGUGGGCCACGAGGUCCAGCUGUCCAGAUACGCCGAGACCAGCGGCGUCCUCAGACCGAGCAGAGGUUCUAUUGAAUGGAGCAUACUGGUUUGUCUCAGUGGUUCAGAGAAGAGUUGCCUAAGAAGAGUCUCCUUCUCCCAUCUACAGCCACAUCAGAGGGUCAAUAUGGUGCCUUGGCUGGUGCAAGCCUUCUCUGAUGCUGGCGGGGGCCUCUGCCAGUUCUACAAAAACACACGCCUUUCAGGAUUUGCAUUACCCAUGAAGCCAUAUGCCUGUGGAUCAACCAAUGAGAAGCUCAGAGUUCUUCAAGAUUCAACGAGACACGAAAGCUUGUCAUUCUCACCUGACAGAGACCCUGACAGAUAUUCAGCGAGCCCACCCAAACCUCCUGGUCUUAUUGCCAUGGUGAAUGUCUAUGUAUUGGUCACUUCAGCAAGCCCUUUGACAGCCUUCCUGCAUGAGCGCUGCGUGGUCAGGACCAAUGAGGAGCUGAGUGGACAGACCACUCAGCUCAAGACCUUCUUGCUGCAGCGUCUGGGGCCAACAGCAUCCCAUAAGGCCUUGGGGCAAUUGAAGGAGGUUAUAGGUCAAGUGCUAAGGGCUGCAGUAUUGACCAAUCAGGAGGUUAACUCUCUCCACAGGUGCCUGCUGUGCUACCAGCUGCUGACCUUCACUCUUCACUUCACUGGCUCCCUCACACCUGUUGUCAUCAAGCUUGACACUGACCUGAGGUUUGCUGGUCUGAGGGAUCCUGCCUUUGACGGACAGAUCACCAAAGAGUUGAUCCUGGAGGACACACUGCGUUUCCUGCUGCCGCCCCACAGCGGGCUGCCAGGGCUGACGAUGACCUCACAUGUACAGAGAGACAGGACAGAGAAGUACGGUGGCUGCAAAGGGACACAUGGCCUCUGUUUGCCAGAGGAUGAGCUGCUCUUGCUCCUCCAAUUCCACAGACAGAUGAAGACACCUGGAGCUUUUGAACUGUUGUUCCCCAGUGCUUCUUUGGAAGACCAACCAGUCCAGCAGCUCCUCUCUCAGAGCGUCACCACAGCUAACAGCGCGGCAAGUGUUUUCCAUCUACCAGCCCUGCUGCUCAGGCUCAGCUUGUACCAUCAGCUGCAGAGGAACCACACCUUCAGAACUGAUGAGGCAGAAACACAGUCCAAUCAGGAAUCAGUCUUGGCUUCCCAGGAUCUUCUCGAAGGCAGAGAGCGCUGUGUGGACCCCCACCUCAGACAGAUAUACACAGAUCCUCCACUCACUCUCACACCCACCUUCAGUCCCUGGGUCAAAGAGUACCAUGCUGAGGUGCCCUUUGAUGUGGUGACGGUUCGAAUCCGGCCAGAACCCGUCAGCUCGGCCUGCCUCAUCCACCUGGAUGAGCACAGAGGACCAAGGACGGCAAACUACCCCGUCGGCCUGGGCAACAGCAGGAUCAGCAUCCUGGUGGCAGAUGAAACUGUGCCAGAGCCUGUUGUCAUGACAAUAUACACCCUGCACAUGUACCGCGAGAGCCGGCCCAGCCUUCCCAUGUUUGGAGAUCAUGUGAUGUGCGGCUUCGUGCAGGACUGUGGGCUGAUUGUACAGCCAGGGCAGCCAUGUGGCCUGCAGCCCUUCCCUGGACCCAAGACUUCAAGCACGGUUACACCUCAGCCCUGUACCUCAGGGGAUGUUCCAGGCCAGUGGGUCGUCCCUUGUCUCAGCUGUGCUGAUAACCGGACCUGUGAUUGGAGGGAAGUUGCUUGGCAACCUGAGGGUUGUUAUCACCCCGUGCUGGACCACCCACAGCUACAAGACUGCAUGACAGACAGAAAAGUGCUGUUCAUCGGUGACUCCACCAACCGGGGGAUGAUGUAUUUCCUGAUGGAGCGGGUCAACACCAGCCUGGAGGACUGGGGCAAAGCCCACGACACUCUGAUUUACAGCAACUUGAAUCAAGGACGCACACAUGUCAGCUACUCGUACUAUCCCCAGUUCUGGCUGGAAAAAAGCCUCAGACCCACCUUUCAGCAGGCCCUGGAGCAGCUAAUACACAGGUCACGACCCCUGGUGAACUCCAAUCAGACAGUGCUGGUGGCAGGAGGCGUCCAGUGGCUCAACACCAAUCACCUCAGGGUCAUCAAAGAGGUGUUGGAGCGAGAGGGUCUCAGUAACAUCUUGGUGGUGGUGAAGUCCCUGGGCAUGGGUUUCCAUCUGCCUGUAGAUGGCAUCCGCUCUCUCAGCCUGAGGGGAAUACAGGAGCUCUACCGAGAGAACCACAAAGUCAUUGCCACAGCAAAGCAGUAUGGGUAUGAGGUGAUAGACACAUUUUGCAUCACCAUGGGCCGGUACAAGGAGUUCCUGCAGGGGCGAUGUGCCUGCCAUUUCCAUGAGGUUGAGAAGUUGUGGUUUUCCAAAGCUCCGCUGCACAGGAAGAUGAAGAUCCUUCAGCACAAUGCAGAUGACACGACGUCCGGAAGCAGCAGAGGCAGAGUGACGGGGACAGGACCUGGACCUGGACUCAGCAGUCAGUCUGUCCUGCAGGACGCGGACCAGUGGACGGCCUCCAACGCCUCCUCCUAUCACGUGAGAGGACCAGUCAACCAGGUGUACUCUGAGAUCCUGCUGAGCCGGCUGUGUCCCAAAAACAGAGGAAACUAGGGCUCAUGUGUCUACAUGUGAUGUGUG